UAUGCAUCUCCUUACCAAGCCUUUUCUCUUUUCGUCCAUUCUUGUCUCCAUUGCAGAGAAACGGCAAAACUUAUCGUAGAAGAUGGUUCAGAGACUUACGUAUCGAAAGCGGCACAGUUAUGCCACCAAAUCCAAUCAACACAGGAUUGUCAAAACUCCGGGUGGAAAGCUAAUUUACCAGACCACCAAGAAGAGAGCCAGUGGCCCUAAAUGUCCAGUUACUGGAAAGAGAAUCCAAGGGGUAUUUAUCCAGAACAAGCUAAGACUCAACCUUGGUUCUGCUAAAGGACAUAGUGACCAAUUACUGAGAAUGCAAGAACCUUAUUUAGUGUAUAUAGACAAACAUUUCUUACCCCAGCCUCUUCACACCUUCAAGCCCGUCUUUAAAAUAGAAGCAACAACUGGUACCAAAGAGAAGCGGCCAUAAAGUAGAGAGUCAUGACCUCGCAUUCCGCAAACAAAAAGAAUGGAGCUAAUGGUUUACAGAAGUGGUCAUCGUUUCAUUUUCCAGAUUAAUAGUGAAUGUGCUAUUGCUGGCCUAUGUACCUUUAAUUCCAGUUUUAGUGUAUGGAUAUAAAUUAUUUUUGAUCCUAGCCUCUCUGUAUCAGAUUGUAAUUUUAAAAUCUUUUAAGUGUAUUAUUUACAUAUACAAGAAAAAAUAGUAUGAAGCCUCCUCGAGUAUAUUAAAUUUGAAUUCUCAUGUACUAUGCUAGAAAAAAAUGUCUCAAUAUUUAAGCAUGAAAAUCUAGACAUGGAGAAGUUAUGGUUGAUGGAGUCUGGAUGUUUGGUGAGGGAAGUGAGGAAAUUAGUAAGGGGGUCAAAAAUUCCCAUUAGAUAUCUGUAUCCAUCCAUGAUUGGGUGAACUCAUGUUUGUCGGCUUAUAACAGUCCUAUUAUUUUUACUA